CGAUCAUAGCUGCAGAUGCAGCAGGCAAAUGAAUACUGGACAAUUCAAGGCUAACAGUGUCUGUGUCAGGCAUAUAAUGUCUUCAUCUGUUGCCCGACAACCCAGCCUGAGAUCGUCCUUUUCCUCUGGCGUGACCGUCUGCGAUCGGCCCUCUCCCGAAAUCCCCUAGCCAGCCCUUCAGCGAAGCUAAAAAGCAGCCCUGAUCGAUACCAACUCGUGAUUCCUUGCUCCCUACCUCGUACUCCCCAUCGCACCGUCUCGAUCUGAAACAAACCAGUCCUUGUUCGCACCGAGCGUCAAAAUCUCGGCUCUGAUCCCGAGAUUUCGCUGGAGUCCAUGGUCCAUCAAGACGAAUGCUGUACCGAAUACAUCUCCGCUUAAGGCUCGAUGGAAGGCGCUGUGGAGAAUGACCAAAAGGAUAGCCGCUUGUUCACGCUCCCUGCAGAGAUCAGAGCCUCCAUCUUCGAACUUGCCUUGACUUCCCACGAUGACCCUACCAAAUCGUACCGAGCCGACCGGAAAUACUACCGACCGGGGUAUCACCAUCAUCAGAAGCUCAACUGCUCCCUGCUAUUAACCUGCAGAAGGAUCUAUCGCGAGGCCCGUCUUCCACCCAUCUCAGUCAAUGAGCAUGUAUUCUGGCUGUUUAAUGGUCCAUGGAAGUUCAUGGCUGGCAAUACCCGUAACACGGCCCGAUGGACUCACUGGUAUCUCAAUUUGACAGAGGACCAGAAAAGCGCGAUACAAAGAGUUCACGUCUUCACCCAACAGUAUUAUUUGGAGAAUCUUUCGAACGCCGACGCCUGGCGGUUCUCCUUCAGAGCAUCUUGCCUUCAUCUAACGCUUCGCCACUCUGACUGGUGGUCAUGGGAGUCUCCUGUCGGAUCCAGUGACUGCCUGGGCAUCUGCCCAUGGCGUCCUAAUCGAACGUCUUACCAAGAGAUGCUUUCUGAGCCACUUGAGCCAAGCCUAACUUACAUCAAUGAUCGCAUGAGUGAACAGACCUGGGGAGGAGCGGUAUGCAAAAUUCGAGGACUGAGAAAGCUCGUCAUGGAAUUUGAGACAGAUGAGAGGAAAAAGGCGCAAUUGCAGGUUGUUACUGAAAGAGCCAAGCAUUGGAUGUUCCCAUUGGUAGGAGAGGGUUUUGUUCUCGAGUGGACAGGACAGCUGGAGGAAUCCUCCUGGGAAGGCGUGCGAGACCUCAGGGAUGACUAUCAUCUCCUGAAGGAGCGGCCUCUACAAGCUAACCUCCCGAAACGCAGAUAUUAUGUGGUGAAGAUGACGUGGAGAGCCUCAAAAACUGCUGUGUGAGGAGAGUUUUCUACGACCCGAGGUGUGCCAGGACGAAGCUGGUACGCUUGGGCGUCUCGGCCUGCACGGCAGCGACGAGGUUCGGGACAUGUCUGCCUACCUAGACCAUCGUAUUUGUACUUUAUCAUGAAUGUUAUGAGCUCUAGUAGUGGAGGAUUUCUGAGGCUUUUGAAGUAAUACGCAGA